UGGAGGAGAGAAUGACACCGGGGCUCCCUCGCAUCAAGACAACCUAAUCGGAAGGAUAUAUAAUAAUUUUGAUGUUCCACUUCUUCUUUUAGAAACACAGUAGGAUAAUAAUGGCGUGUAAGUGUGCACCUUUACGGACAUCUGUGGCUGUUUUCACGUUCACCGCACUGUGGGGAUUUGCGCUCUCCAUCACUCGGUACUCUAUACCGGAGGAAAUGGAAGAGGGUUCCUUUGUUGCCAAUCUAGCAACAGAUCUGGGUCUGGAUGUUCGCAGUCUGGAGACGCGCAACGCCAAACUCGAUGUCAUCCACAGCAAAAAUUACCUGCACAUCAAUAAAGACACGGGAGAGUUGUUCAUACGCGAGAAGAUGGACCGGGAGACGAUAUGCAUGACUAAAACCACCUCGUGCUUUCUGAAAAUGGAUGUCAUCCUCACAAAUCCGGUUCGGAUUUUCAACAUCGAGCUCGAAAUCAUGGACAUCAAUGACAACGCGCCCGUGUUUCGCAGGAAGACGAUGCACUUGGACAUUUCGGAGGCGACGCUUCCCGGGGAGAGGUUCUCCCUGACGAACGCCGUGGAUGCGGACGUGUGGGCCAAUUCAAUCAAGACCUACUCUCUCAGCGAGAGCAAGUACUUCAGCAUUGACAUCCAAACGGGCAGCGAUGGGUCAAAAUAUGUCGACCUGGUGCUCAGUGGGAACGUGGACAGAGAGGAGCAUGCGGUGCAUAAUUUGAUUUUGACCGCUGUGGAUGGAGGGCUGCCUCCCCGCUCCGGCACGGCCAGCAUCAUUAUUAACAUCCUGGAUAUCAAUGACAACGCCCCCGUGUUCAGUCAACCUGUGUUCGCAAUCAACGUCUCCGAGAACUCGGCAGUGGGUACAGUGGUUUUGACCUUAAAUGCAACAGAUUUAGAUGAAGGCACAAACGCCCAGUUAGUGUAUUCGUACACUCUUUACACAUCUGAGAAGACGCAGGAGCUCUUCUCACUAGAUCCAGACUCGGGUGAGAUCAAAGUGAAGGGGGUGAUUGAUUAUGAAGAAAGUCAAAGUUUUGAAAUGCACAUCCAGGCUCAGGACAGAGGGAUAACUCCUCUGUCAGGUUACUGCAAAGUGAUGGUCUUCAUCACAGAUCUGAAUGAUAACUACCCCGAGGUGACCAUCAAGUCUCUGAAAAGAGCAGUGAGUGAGGAUGUUUCUGUGGGGACGCUGAUCGCAGUAGUCAGCGUCAGUGACAGGGACUCUGGAGCCAACGGGGAAGUGGAGCUCACCCUCAACCAGCAAGAAACCUUACCGUUCCUCCUGAACAAGUCCUCAGAAGGUUACUUUGAACUCCUGGUGUCGAAGCCGCUGGACAGAGAGGUAGUAAGCAAGUAUGACAUCACCCUAAGAGUGACAGACAAAGGCUCGCCCCCCUUAUCGGAGAACGAAACCCUUGUCUUGGAGAUCCUGGACAUAAAUGACAACGCACCCACAUUCCCAAAGUCCUUCUACACCAUCCAUGUUGCGGAGAAUAAUCAACCAGGGGCGUUAUUGACAUCUCUAAGUGCAUUUGACCCGGAUCUAAACGAAAAUCAGUAUUUGGUUUAUGUCAUAAUGGAGAAAGAGAUUGUUAACACAUCUAUGUCGAUGCUGUUCUCCAUCAAUCCUGAGAAUGGUGAUCUCUACGCCCUGAAGACCUUUGAUUAUGAGAGAGAGAGGGAAUUCCUGUUCCACAUCGAGGCUAGAGACUCCGGUGUUCCUCCGCGGAGUAGCAAUGUGACAGUUCACAUCAUUAUUCAGGACCAAAAUGACAACACCCCCGUCAUUGUGUCACCUUGGCGAGCACAGGGCUCUGUCGUGGAACAGGUGAUACCGAGGUCCACAGAUAAGGGUCACUUGGUGGCCAAAGUCAUCGCUAUUGAUGCAGAUUCGGGGCAGAACGCCAGGGUCACAUACCAGCUCCUGCAGGUCAGCGACUUAUCACUGUUCAGUCUGGAUCAAUACAACGGCGAGAUCCGAACAACAAGAAUGUUCAGUUACAGAGACCCAAGACAACAGCGGCUCGUAGUUGUUGCCAAAGACAAUGGUUCACCUGCUCUCUCCGCUACCGUCACCAUUAAGAUAUCCACAGUAGAGCAUGCCAUGCCCUUCUCAGAGACUACAGAGUUACCUCUAGAGUAUGACGUUUUCACAAGCCUCAACCUUUGGUUAGUAAUUGGUUUAGGAGCCGUGUCCUUUCUGCUGCUGAUCACCAUCUUAGUUAUCAUCGUCCUCAAGUGUCAAAAACCGAAGCCAAAGGCCUUCAAGAUCCCCCCGCCCAACAGAAACAGUGUGAUCAGCAGGAACAGCGUCAUCAGCCAGAGAAGUUCUACCAUCGCAGAUUCCACCCUGAUCUCCAGCGAUGCUUACUGGUACAGCUUGUUCCUCGCGGAGACCAGGAAGGGUAAAGUGGUCGUCAGACAACCGAUAAUUCCCAAAGGAGCUGGGUAUUUUGUAUCCAGUAUAUCCAGAAGCAUAGGACCAAGUGAGACCACAGACUCCAGAGCAUCCACACUGGAGUACUCAAAAUGAAAGGAAGUCCAUUCUACAACUGGAGGACCCCAGAAGAGCGGUGCGGUGAUAUAAUCAUCUCUUCACGGGAAUCUCUGGCUGAAACUUUCUUGUGAUUUACAAAGAUUUAACGCAUUUGUCCAUCCUCAGUCCCCCCGCUGCAGCUCCUGUUUCUCUCCAGACAUCCACCUCCGAUCAGCUCAUCGCUCUACCAUCCUAAUUCCAUUAAGCAUGAACGUGCAUGAUUCUACAAGUAUUUGGAUGACAAAUCAUCUAUGUCAAGAUGUCUGGACAUUUCAUAAGAGGCCUCACGUAGUAAAUCGUUUCUUCCUUAACUCACUGAAACUUCUCCAUGGGCAAAUUUGCCUUCUCUCCAGGGAUUACACAGUGCGCUAUAGCUCUUCAAGCCAUCUGCAGCUCAUCUUAUUCUCAAGUUGCUACCAUGCCACAUUUUCUCAUGCAGGAGUUCAGAACACGCCUAACGAUAAACAUAUGAAUCAGGGUGAAUUUGCAUCUUCCGUAUAUCUAAUAAGUUCAAAGCUGUAGCUAGUAACAACAUCAGUCUAUUUGUUCUUUAUAUUAGAAAUAUUUCUGUUUAUUAAGGCUUUUAACUAAUAACUUUCUGGUAAAAAAAAAAUCAUUUGUGAUUCAAUUUUAGAUUUUUUUUGUGCUCAAGUUCUGAAUGUCUACAAUUAAAAAAAAAAGAGAGAACAAAAAAAAACUAUGACAUUAAAAAAAAUACUUAGAAAACAUUGUAAGUUCCUUAUUUGAUCAUAGAUGGUGUAGUUCAAAAGAGAUGGUAUUGAGGUUGGAGAAACAAAAAAGACUUAAUAAAUAAAUAAAAUAUGCAAUCCAUUUCUUAUUGGUGGAAUUGCACAGCAAUGUUGAAUUUGUUGAGUAUAUCCAAAUUUUGUGUACGCUGAAGUGAGAGGAACGUUUACAACAUGAUGAAUAGUGGCAACGUUCCACAUUAAAUACGAUGAACCAAACCAAGGAGUUGCAUCCAGCUCUCCGGUCUGACGUCAACACAGAAGUCCACAAACUUGCAGUUCCUCAAACAACCACUAGGGCCAGCCUCAAAUGGUCAUUCCAUUCAUUUGCCUAUUUUUCGAUAAACUAUAGACUUUAUUAAAAAAAAAAAGAACGUAUCAAACCCUAAAAAAGGUUUUUGAAGAGUGGAUUUGAGGCUCGUUCAGAACUUGUGGGAGAUUCCAUCUUCACAGGAGUCAACUGUCCAGCCCUGCUUACUCCAAAAAUGGGCAAAUGAGCCGAAUAAGAAAGCCGGGCAGUCAGUUAAAAUAUUGUACUAGGCUCUAAAUCUGUUCAUCUCUGUUGUAAAGUUGGACAUAAAGAUAAAGAUGGGGAGCCAGCCCCCAGCGGUCCUUUAAGAAACUGCACAAACAUUUUGACGGUUUCUCAAAUUUAAUGUUGCCCCUUGGUGUAAAUGCACUUAUACCCUCAAAAAACUAGUGUAAGUGUUCAACAUAGCUAAUGUGUUAAAAACAAGAAAAUACCAAAUACAUUAAAUCUGUUAAAAACAUGACUAUGUUCUUCUUCUCCCUAAAAGCUGGCAAUUCAAGUUAAAUCUGCAGUCAUUCAUUACCCAAGUUGCAAAUUAAGAAAAAAGAAUGAGAUUAAUUAUUGAAAAGAAAGAAAAUAUGUGAUAAAUACUCUAUUUAUAGAUACAAUUAUGAUUAUUGAAAUGUGCUUAUUGUUGCCAGGGUACAAGAAGAUUUAAGGUGCAGACAAAAUGUUUUUAUAAAUAUACAUGUUUUUUAUAUGUAUUUUAUGUAUUAACUUUUAUUGCUGCCUUUGUGAGCUUCUUUAGGGGCAUUUUGUGUUGCAUAUUUAUGGUUUAGUGUAUCCGAUGUUGUUUUGGUAGUGUAUAUAACUUUAAAAGAAAAAAAAAUGGAACAAGAAUACCUUUGUUGACCUCAGAGGAAGUGCUGUUGCACAAGCCUGGGGCUUUAAUUUCUCAGAAACAAGGAGCUUAUUAAGACCACGCAUCAGGGUGCUAAGUGAUGAAAUGUAAUGGCACAAGGUAAGGAGAUGGGGUUAUGAGCAGAACGUAGUGUUAAGUAUAGCUCCAGUGUUCUUAUGCUGACUCUGCAGACAGGGUUUCAAAUGUAUAAAGCAGAUGACAGCAUUUUGAAUUUGGAGUGUGCUCUGAAUCCGAAUGGGAUCGGAGCUGUCCCUCACCAAUGCAGUGAGAAAAAACACACCAAUUUUUCUGGAUGUAUCCUGCUCCAUACUCGGGAGUCGGUGAAAUGUAACCUCCCUUUUCUUCUCUCCCUCACUGUCUCGCACCAAGAUGCCCACCUUUAAAAGCAUCCGGCUGGCUGUCCGUCAGACUGGAGAUGUAACGUGAUAAGGGGUGUCUUGCUGUGGAGGAUGUGUUAUAUGUGCAAUCAUUGCCAGAACGCACUGAUUCCAACUGUGUUCACGGAAUUAAUUCAUUGCACAUACGAUGAGCUCCUUGCGUGCCUUCUGUAUUGUAAAAGACGACUGUUGAUGACUGAAAUAAUGGCAUUACCUAUAGUAUAACAAUAACAGUUCCUCCCGUGAUCUAGUUUCUUGAACUGCUUGUCGAAUAGGAGCUUUUGGAUUCAGAACAGCUGUUCUACAAAGAGCCAGAAGGUCGAUUUAUUGUAAACUGAACUGCUUUAUACUUUGUGUUUUUUAUACAGUAGACCUUUUUGAUAUCUUCUGUAUCCACUGUGAUUGAAUGGCACAGGAUGUGCUUGUGCUCAGUGUAGUAAAAGUGAGUUAUUUCUCAUUUGUGUACACAGCUCAGUUCGUGCUCCAUGGCUACUCUGCCAUUCAAGCUGUACAGUAUGCUUCAACGGUUACAUCAGAUAUUUUCCAGAUCAAGGAUCGACAGGUUUUGAUGUUGCUUAUUUGGCUUAAAUGUACUGCCUGAUCAUGCUAGUUUCAAUAAAGAUUUUUAA